AUGGCUUUGCGCAUUCUCCACUGAGCUGUUCCGAAGAGCACAGCAGUGUCUGCGCCAGGCUCCGCUCCAAAGACCGUGACCCAUCAGCGCAGAGCUCCAGAGCACCCCGCGUCGGCUCCAGAUCCGCGCACUGAGCGCUCAAAGUGUGCUCAAAGUUUCCCUAAAGUUUUGCGGACUCCAAAUCUGGUUCAAGAGCGCUUGAGCAUUUGAAAGACUGCGACCAGCGGCGGAACAUGGCCUGGAUUCGAAGGUUCGUGUCUCUGCUCGCGUGCUGCUUCGCUUUGCCGUGCGCGCGCGCGGCCAUGGACGAGUGUACGGACGAGCACGGGAGCGCACAGAGGUGUAUGCCAGAGUUUGUGAACGCGGCCUUUAACGUGACUGUUGUGGCUACGAACACAUGCGGCUCGCCGCCGGAGGAGUACUGCGUACAGACCGGCGCUACGGGCGUCACCAAGUCGUGCCACAUCUGCGACGCACGAGACCCCCGCAAUCACCACAGUGCGGUCUACCUCACAGACUACAACAAUCAACAGGAUGCCACCUGGUGGCAGAGCCAGACCAUGUUAGCGGGAGUGCAGUACCCGCACUCCAUCAACCUCACUCUGCACCUGGGUAAGGCAUUUGACAUAACAUAUGUGCGUCUGAAGUUCCAUACAUCACGUCCGGAGAGUUUUGCCAUCUACAAGCGGAGCAGUGAGUCAGGCCCUUGGGUGCCCUACCAGUUUUACAGUGGUUCAUGUGAAAAAACCUACCAGAAACUCAACCGAGGUUUCAUCCGCACGGGCGAGGACGAGCAACAGGCCCUGUGCACAGAUGAGUUCAGUGACAUCUCUCCCCUGACCGGAGGAAACGUGGCCUUCUCCACGCUCGAGGGCCGCCCCAGCGCCUACAACUUUGACCACAGCCCUGUACUGCAGGACUGGGUGACCGCCACAGACAUCAAAGUGACGCUGAACCGACUCAACACCUUUGGAGAUGAAGUCUUCAAUGACCCCAAGGUCCUCAAGUCUUACUACUAUGCUAUUUCAGACUUCGCUGUGGGGGGAAGGUGUAAGUGCAAUGGUCAUGCCAGCGAGUGCAUCAAGAACAGCGGAGGAAGCCUGGUGUGUAACUGUAAGCACAACACGGAGGGGGCGGACUGUGAACUCUGCAAACCCUUCUACAACGACCGGCCAUGGAGACGAGCCACUGCCGAUAACGCCAAUGAGUGUCUGUCCUGUAACUGUAAUGGGAAGAGUGUCGAGUGCUACUUUGAUGCAGAGCUGUACCGAGCCACGGGCCAUGGAGGACACUGCCUGAACUGUGCAGACAACACCGAUGGGCCCAACUGUGAACGCUGCCUGGACAACUACCACCGUGACCACACCGGGAGCCGCUGCUUGCCCUGUGGAUGCAACUCCAUCGGUUCUGAGUCCCCACAGUGUGAUGACCGAGGAGUGUGCUCCUGUAAGACUGGAGUUACGGGGGAGAAGUGUGAUCGCUGCCAACCAGGAUUCCACAGCCUUACGGAGGCUGGCUGCCGAUCCUGCUCCUGCUCUCCUUCAGGCAGUACCCAAGAGUGUGAUGUUAACACAGGCCAGUGUCGCUGCAAGGACCAUGUGGAAGGUUUCAGCUGUGACAGAUGUAAACUGGGCUACUUUAAUCUGGACCACAACAAUCCCCAGGGCUGCACCCCUUGUUUCUGCUUCCAGCACUCCUCCGUGUGUGACAGCGCCAAGGGCUACAGCAUCCACACCAUCUCCUCCACCUUUGACACAGACACAGAGGAAUGGGUGGCUCAGCAGAGAGAUGGCUUGGCUGUUCCUGUACAAUGGACCAGUGGUCAGGAGAUCUCUCUCAUAUCUGAAGACUACUUUCCCAUGUACUUUAUGGCACCAGAAAAAUUCUUGGGGAACCAGCUACUAAGCUAUGGGCAGAACCUGAGCCUAAGUUUCCGGGUGGACCGCAGAGACACCAGACUGUCGGCUGAAGAUCUGGUCCUCGAGGGAGCUGGUUUGAGAGUAGCUGUGCCGUUGAUUGCUCAGGGAAACGCUUAUCCCAGUGAUCACAUGCAGACUUAUAUCUUCAGGCUCCAUGACAGUGCAGACUAUCCAUGGAGACCCGCCAUUAGUCACUCGGAUUUUCAGAGACUGCUUCAUAACUUGACAAGCAUCAAAAUCCGAGGCACAUACAGCGACAAGAGUGCUGGAUACCUGGACAACGUGCAGUUGGUGACAGCUCGGCGGGGCCCUGGUGAAGCGGCUCAAUGGGUGGAGUCCUGCACUUGUCCUCAGGGGUAUGAGGGUCAGCACUGUGAGAGGUGCAUUGUGGGAUACCGCCGUGCUCAGCCCCAACUUGGAGCCUUCAGUCAGUGUGAACCCUGCAAUUGCCAUGGCCACAGCCAGACUUGUAACCCUGAUUCAGGAGCAUGCAAGUGUGAGCACAACACAGCAGGCCUGAGCUGUGAGCGCUGUAAAGACGGUUUUUAUGGAGACGCCACUGGAGGCACUGCCGCAGACUGUCAGCCAUGCCCCUGUCCCAGUGGAGCUACUUGUGCUGUAGUCCCCAAAACCAGAGAGGUGGUAUGCACCAACUGCCCUGCUGGCACCACAGGAAAACGCUGUGAGUUGUGUGAUGAUGGUUUUUUUGGAGACCCUCUGGGGCAAGACGGUCCGGUCAGAGCUUGCCGUGCCUGCAAAUGCAGUGACAACAUUGAUCCGAACGCUGUGGGAAAUUGUCACCGUGAAACCGGGGAAUGUCUCAAAUGCAUCUACAACACAGCGGGGUUAUUCUGUGACCGAUGUAAAGAUGGCUUCUAUGGGAAUGCCCUGGCUGCCAACCCUAAUGACAAAUGUAAACCGUGUGCAUGCUUCCCAUUGGGCACCGUGGACCAGCAGACCAGCUGCUCCCAGGUCACAGGCCAGUGUCAGUGUUUACCCAAUGUUGCAGGAAGGGACUGCAGUGCAUGUGAGCCGGGCUUUUACAAUCUGCACAGUGGCGAAGGCUGUGAACGAUGUAACUGUAAUCCCAUUGGCUCCACUAACGGGCAGUGUGACGUGGUCUCUGGUCAGUGUGAGUGUCAGCCAGGCGUCACAGGUCUUCAAUGUCAGCAGUGUGAAGUAAACUUCUUCGGUUUCAGUUCAUCUGGAUGCAAACCAUGUGACUGCGACCCUGAGGGCUCCCUGUCAGGCCAGUGUAAGGAGGAUGGCCGCUGUGAGUGUAAGCCUGGAUUUGUUGGUGCUCGAUGUGACAUGUGUGAAGAAAACUACUUCUACAACCGCUCUGUUCCUGGCUGCCAGCAGUGUCCAUCCUGCUACAGCCUUGUCCGUGACAAGGUGAACCAGCAGCGGCAGAAGCUUCAUGAUCUCCAGACGCUCAUUGACAACCUAAGCUCGGGUCAGGAGACAGUCAGUGACAAGGCCUUUGAAGAGCGCCUCAAAGAGGCUGAACGGGCGAUUACAGAGCUAUUAGAAGAGGCCCAGACCAGCAAAGAGGUUGACCGAGGCCUCCUGGAUCGUCUGAAUGCCAUUAAUAUAACGUUGACAACGCAGUGGAACCGUCUCCAAAACAUCAGGAACACUGUGGAUGAGACGGGUACACAAGCUGACAAGGCCCGAGCGCGGGUCAGAGAUGCUGAGAAUCUCAUUGAUCGAGCUCGCCAGGAGCUAGACAAAGCCAAGGAUGCAAUCAGCAAAGUGGACAUUAAGCCCCCCAGUGGAGGUGGAGACCCCAAUAACAUGACACUGUUGGCUGAAGAAGCACGCAACUUGGCUGAAAAGCACAAAAUGGCAGCUGAUCAGAUUGAGAAGAUUGCCAAAGAAGCCAAUGACACAUCAACCAAAGCCUACAACCUUCUGCUGAAAACACUAGAUGGAGAAAUGAAGACGAGCCAGGAGAUUGACCAGCUGAACAAAAAGUAUAACGAUGCUAAAGAAAUGGCUAAAAACCUCGAGAAGCAGGCCAACAAAGUCCAGGCUGAAGCAGAGGAGGCAUCUGAUCGAGCUCUGAGGAUCUUUGCCAACCUGACCACUCUACCACCCUUCGACACAAAAGCCUUGGAGGACGAAGCAAUCAAGAUUAAAAAAGAGGCAUCAGACCUGGACAAACUGAUAGAUAAAACUGAGAAGGAGUAUAAUGAUCUUCGUGACGAUCUGAGAGGAAAAGAGCAGGAAGUGCGUAAACUGCUCGAUAAAGGCAAGAGUGAGCAGCAGACUGCUGACCAGCUUCUUGCUCGUGCUGAUGCAGCUAAAGCUCUUGCUGAAGAAGCUGCCAAAAAAGGCCAGUCCACAUUCAGAGAAGCAGAAAACAUCUUAGAUGACCUCAGAGAUUUUGAUAAGAGAGUGAAUGACAACAAGACUGCAGCGGAGGAGGCUUUGCAGAAGAUUCCUUUAAUCAAUGCCACCAUCAAUGCUGCUAAUGAGAAGACGCACCAGGCGGAAGCUGCUCUGGGUAAUGCUGCAUCUGAUGCCAAAGUGGCCAAAAGCAAGGCUGAGGAGGCUGAGAGGAUUGCCAGCGAUGUCCAGAAAGGCUCUGCCAAAACAAAAGAGGAAGCUGAGAAGGCAUUUGCAGAGACUCAGAAGCUGGACACAGAGGUGAACAAUAUGAUGGAGCAACUAACAACAGCCGAGCAGGAACUGAACAAGAAGAAAGCUGAGGCAGACAAUGACAUGAUGUUGGCCACAAUGGCAUCAGAUAAUGCUAAGGUGGCAGAGGACAAUGCCCGUAAAGCAAAGAAUGCAGUUAAAAGUGUUCUGGGAACCAUUGCUGCACUGUUGGAUCAACUUGGAAACAUUGACAAAGUGGAUCUAAGUAAACUGAACCAGAUUGACGAGUCUCUGAAGCGUGCAAAGGGCAAAAUGGCAGGCAGUGAUCUGGACAGGAAGCUAGCAGAGCUCAAUGACGUGGCACGGACACAAGAGGACAUGAUUACUGACUACGACCGCCAGAUCCGCCAAAUUCGUGCCGAUAUCCUCAACCUGGAAGACAUCAAGAGGACACUACCAGACGGCUGCUUCAACACUCCCUCCAUAGAAAAACCAUGAGUGUGGCCCCAAUGAACAUUCUGCUCCACUAACACAGUCCUCAGCGCCAUGCAAGCCUUCUUGCACGGUGUUCAGGCUUUUAACGAUACUUAAGAUCUUAAAAGAUUUAUUUAUCCACACAAAAAUGCCAGUCAUUAUUCACCAAGGAAGGAUUUUGGUAGCUUUUAAACAUUAAUGAAUUGACUCCAAAAAAAACAAAAACUAGGUACAACUUUAAAAUGAUAACUUAAAAAAAUAUGAAAUGAGUAUGGCGCUAUUAUUGUAAUAAGAGGAGUACAUCUGUAAAGCAAUUUGUCUGUAAGAAGUGUCCAUAAUUUGUCUAGUGUGCCGGUAGUUUGUCUCGUGCAUGUGUGAUUACGUUUCUGUGCGUAAUUCGACUUGUUUGUGCGCAUUUUGUUAAGUGCCAGUGUAGUUACUUUGUUUGUGUGUAAUUUGACUUAUACAUGCAUAAUUAGAUCUUUGAAUUCAUAAUUCCACCUUUGUAUGCUUUAUUUAUUCUGUGCAUGUCUAAAACAAUAAUGUUGUAUGAGGUGAUGGACUAAAAAUGUUCAGGUCAUACACACAAGCCUCUAAAUACACACACAAGUCUCUAAAUACACACACACAUUUUGCAAUAGUCCCUCCCUGCCUCUGUUUUGUGUGCCCAAAGUUGUCUUGUGUGCAUGCCUACUCAGUGGAAUAUACUGCAACUACAGAUGGCAAAAGGUGUAGGAGCUGGCUAUGUGGUUGUUCCAUCAUACUGAAUUAAGCUCAAAGAGCUUCUUCAGAUUUUUCAUUCAUUAGAUAUGGUUAAUCAGAAGUAUUUAUUAGUAUGUAAAGAUGCGCUUUAAAGUAUUUUUUGAAGACUGUUUUAAACUGAAGAUACUAUACUACACACUAUACUACAUUUUAGAGAGGUUUGUUUAUAGUAUUGGAUUUUGAACUGGAUUUAAGUUAAUACAAGUUUUAUUUUAAAAAAAUAAUGUAUUUUUGCUUUUGCUGUUACAUGAAGCAGCUGAAUAUGAAGGCUGUAGUCAAGUUUUUGUUUUUCUUUUUAGAAAGAUUAACACCAUGCAUUUGAAAAUAGUCUAUUACAUUCAUGAAGCAAACCACAAAGCUAUAUCCUACUACUGAAGCUCCAUCUACUGUUAAGAGUCGUUUUUUCAAACCUGCAAGACAUUUUGGUCAAAGACCUUUAGAGUGACCUCCAAAACCACGGUAGGACAGGACUGUGUCGAAGGUUUAGUGUUUAGUACAAGGCUUGCAUAUUGGUAAAGGAGAAACUCAAUUCUGUCAAUUAAACAAAUUAAAUUGUUUGAUCAAAUAAGUUUCGUAGCUCAUCCAAGCUGCUGCUUCAUUUCUGGUCAGAUUUCUGGUGGAUACUUCCUUUUAUCUACCUGGAGGGUAGAGCAAUUGAAUUUCUCCUUUGUCCAAGCUUACAUAUUUUCAGUUCAUCUGCUUAUACAAUAUCAUAAUUCCAUAUACUACAUAGAAAUCAAGUUAUAGUGACAAGACAAUUUAUGGACACAUCUUAUUACUGACAAAUUGAAUCAAUAAUACAAUAAUACAAUAAUGACUCCUUUCACAAGCUUGUACACAUCAUUGAUGUUUUGACAUAUUUAUAGAAAUAUUUUUUUAUGUUUUGAUUUAACAUUAAAAUUUUCAAAUUUGAACAUAAACUCUUCUUUAAAAGCAAAAAGAAAAUGCAGAUAAUAAAUAAAACAAGAUAAUGUGACUUGGUUGUGAUGGUUGAUCAGAGCGCAAACCCAAAGUGACUGCAUCUAACACACUCCUGUGCAACUCUAACCUACUUUUUUUUCUGUUCAUCAGCAUUUUCAUUUCAAACCAACAGACCUCGCAUCAAAGCAAUUCAUGAGCAGUAUAGUUUUUAAGCAGUGUUAAAACAUUUUAUUUAUUGACCCACUGUUUGACGAAGAGGAGAAAAUGUAUUUGACAGUGCAGUAGUUUGUGGGGGACAUUCCUUUCCUUGCGUUCUUCUUAGUGGUUUGGUUUAACUCAACAACAAAUAAAAUAAUGCAGUUUUAAAAUGUUUAAAAUUACUACUGAAAACACCUUUUCUUCAAAUAGAAUUUAAAUGUUUGCAUUAGAAUAUUUUUUUCAUUGAUGCAGUAAAAGUCAACAGUUUAGUGCAUUACCAAAAGUCUACAUGAGUGAAAAUAAUUACAAUUUAUAUUUUAUGUACUGAUGUAGAUUUUUUUCACUUGUUUUAUGGAAUUUCUAACUGUUUUCAAAAUUAUUUCGUUGAAACUUGAAAAGCUUUGCCUAAAGGGCCCAUAUUGUGCAAUUUUCUGAUCUAUGUUAUAAUGUUGUUUCUUCAUCGCAAACAGACCUGGAGUUGUGUUUUGUUUCAUUCACACAUGUUUAACUCUCACAUCCUACUUAUUUACACUGAGUUCUUCUCUUAGACAAAAAAUGCUCUGUUCCACCUUGUGAUGUCAUGUGGUAAAAAAGGAAGUCCUCUUCUGUGUUUUUCAACUCCAUACACUUACAUUAGAAUCAUUUGUAUAAUUUCAGUCACUAAUUUCAGUACUUAACAAAGGGUAAACGGUCGCUGUGCAUUUUAUCUUUAGAGAUGCAGACAAAUGAAUGAUAAAAGGUUUACAUCUUUGAAGGAAACUAAACAACUCCAGGUCUGUUUUUGAGGAGGUAACAACAUGGCUUAAAGCGCAGAAGAGUCAGUGUUGCGUAUUACAGGACAUUAAGUCUAUUUACUAAUGCCACAGGCAUGACCUCAAACAGGGAAGCAAAAGAAUGCAUACACAUAAUACAUCAGAGAUGUCUACAAAUAAAUAAUUCAGACUCAUCAAUAAAACUGAACUAGUCAAUUCAAGUUAUUUGAGCUAAACUAAGUGUUUUGCAAGGAGUUUCUUGUAAGCACGCCAAUCUAAGGUUAUUUGCACACACUUGUGUGGAGUAUAUUUUUGCCUCUUCUGACUUCUGUGGGAUCAAUCAUUCUAAAAACAUCAAUGCUACACUUGUGUUUGAUCACAGCCACUAUAAUUAAUUAACAACGACCUUAGCAACAUCCAAACUAUGCAACUUUGUACAUUUUCCUUGCAAAUUAUAACUGAUACACUGGUGCUAUUAAUUAUUAUUGCAAAUGUUAUUUUCGUGUGAACGUUUUUUAUUAUGUAAUUUGAAAAUGAAAUGUUUUUCUUGGUGUAAAUAUAUGCUUAAAUAAGGAUGGACUAAUUAGUUAAGAUUGCAGAAAAUCGUUUUCAGGUCAUUCUCUAAUCAGCUAAAGCCAUGUUCGGAUAAAACUUAGGACAUGUAUUUAAUACAGUGAAAGCUUGGCCACAUGGUUGAUGUAGGAAUCAAAAUCAAUAGUUCACAAAAUGUUCUACUGAUUGUUUUUGAAUUGUUUCUUUUAAUAUUAAAAAUUAAAUAAAACAAUCAUUAUUGCAUGGCCAUACAGAAAACUGCAUCUCCAUGUUUGGGCCAAUGAUUCUAAUGCUACAGAAAUAAUGCAGAUUUCAGCAGUACUCCAAGAAGACUCCUAAACAUGGUUUUAUUAGGAUGUCGUCUGAAAAUGACGUUUCAUUUUCUGUUGUCUGUUUAUGAUAUGUACUAUAUAUCCCCCCCCCCCCCCCAAACACACACACUUGUUUUUGUUUUGUUUUUUGUUGUUUUGAUCAUGGGGUGGGGGACACUAUGUAAUGUAAUUAUCACUGGAUUAUAAAUUCAAUAGCAAUCUCCUAAAGUAGAUAACCACUUGUUUCAAAUGUUUUGCUUUCAUGUCAUUUUAAUGAGCUUCACUAUGUUUUACUCAGAUGUAUUUGUAUUUCAUUUGUGUUUAAGUGUUUAAGUCACUUCCUCCAAAAACAAAUGGAAAAAAAAAAAAAAAAACACAACAUUUGAACAUUGUCUAAGACCUGGAGCCAAGCCCAUGAUGGUGCCUCUAUUUUUAAUAAAAAAUGCUAUCACAAAUA